AUGGCCGCUGUCAACGGCGACAGAGGCGGCGAGGGCGGUAGCAGCAGCAGUAGCAGCAGCAGCAGCAGCAGCAGCAGCAGCAGCAGCAGCAGCAGCAGCAGCAGCAGCAGUAGCACCAGCGGCAGCAGCAGCACCAGCAGCAGCAGCAGCACCAGCGGCGGCAGCGGCAGCGGCAGCGGCAGCGGCAGCGGCAGCGGCAGCGGCAGCGGCAGCGGCAGCGGCAGCGGCAGCGGCAGCAGCUGCAGCGGCAGCAGCAGCAGCCGCAGCGGCAGCAGCAGCAGCCGCAGCGGCAGCGGCAGCGGCAGCGGCAGCGGCAGCGGCAGCGGCAACGGCAACAGCAGCUCAGGUGAUGAGCAACCUGUCACGCCGCCCACAUGCACGGGGGCCGACACGGACCCGCCUGCCGGAGCCGCCCCCACCGGUCUCAGCCACCCCGACCUACUAGCGGCCAUCUUUGAGCGCCUGCCGCCCGAUGAGCAGGGGCUGCGGCGGCUCUUCAAGAGCUGCGAGCACGAGCGCCCAACCCAGCCAUCACUGCAGGCAGCCGGCGGCAUGGCCGCUGUCGACAGCGACAGAGGCGGCGAGGGCGGCAGCGGCGGCAGCAGCAGCAGCAGCGGCGGUGGCAGCAGCAAGAGCGGCGGCGGCGGCGGCAGCAGCAGCAGCGGCACAGAUAACGAGCACCCUGUCACGCCACCUGCAUACACGGGGGCCAUGGACACUGAGCCGCCUGCCGGCGCCGCCCCCAUUGAUCUCAGCCAGCCCGACAUACUGGCGGCCAUCUUUGAGCGGCUGCCGCCCGGCGAGCAGUGCGCCACGAUCGGCGCUCUCGACCACGCCUGGCGACGGUGGGCAGCGCCAAAGCGCGCCGCCCUGCGGUGCGCUAUGCCCUCCGGUUACUGCUACUACUUGAUUUGCGAGUGGUGGGGGUCGUUCGAGCUGCCGCUGUGGUAUGUGAAGGAUCAGUGGCCGCUGCUAACAGAGAUGCAGCGGUUGGGAGCGGCCAGCCGCGCCGCGGCCCACGACGACAUCGAGAUGCUGCGCUUCGCGCUCCACGCCGGCUGCCGUGUGGACGAGUCCGUGUGCCACGCGGCUGCGAGCGGCGGCCAGUUGGCCGCACUGCAGUGGGCGCGCGGAGCUGGGUGCCCGUGGAGUUACCGGACAUGCGCUUUUGCCGCGGCCGGCGGACACUCCGAGGUGCUGCAGUGGCUGCGCGGCGCCGGCUGUCCUUGGGACAGUGAUACAUGCGAGGCGGCCGCGCGGGGCGGGCACUUGGAGCUGCUGCGCUGGGCGCGCGGCGCGGGCUGCCCCUGGAGAAAAAGCACGUGCGAGGCGGCCGCGCGGGGUGGGCACUUGGAGGUGCUGCAGUGGCUGCGCAGCAAGGGCUGCCCUUGGGACAGGGAUACGUGCGAGGCGGCCGCGCGGGGCGGGCACUUAGAGCUGCUGCGCUGGGCGCGCAACGCUGGCUGUCCCUGCUUUGACGAGCGCAUGUGCGCCGCGGCGGCGGGCGCGGGCCAGCUGGAGGUGCUUCAGUGGGCUCAUGCAGCCGGCUGCCGGUGGCACGAGGGGACGUGCUCCGCCGCGGCGCGGUGCGGGCACCUGGACUUGCUGAAGUGGCUGCACGGCGCAGGCUGCCCGUGGGACGAGCGUACUUGCCAGGCCGCGGCGCGCGAGGGGCGCCUGGAGGUGCUGCAGUGGCUACGAAGCGCGGGCUGCCCCUGGGGCGCGGGCCUGUGCGUGUCGGCCGCCUACUUCGGUCACCUCCACAUUCUGACCUGGGCGCGUGGCGAGGGCUGCCCCUGGGACGAGCGCACCUGCGAGACCGCGGCGGCCCGCGGCCGCCUUGAGCUGCUGCGUUGGGCGCGCGGCGAGGGCUGCCCCUGGGACGAGCGCACGUGCAAGGCCGCGGCACGCUUCGGAAACCUGCACAUUCUGACCUGGGCGCGCGGCGAGGGCUGCCCCUGGAAGCGCGAGGGGUGCCGCUACCAGGCGUACGAGGCAAUGCAUUACGCCGUCGUCGAGUGGAUCGACAGCCAGCCAGAGUAG